AUAAUAUCUCUCCUGAUCAGUACUCAAACCUCAAAAUUUCUUGCAUCAACCUAUAAACAUUAGUUAAUGAUUUUUCUAUCAUCUUUAGUUUUAUGGCACAUGUUUCACCAUCAACAUCAUCAUCUUCAUUCUUCUACAGCUAUACUUAUGAUGUUUUCCUAAGUUUCAGAGGUAAAGAUACAAGAAAAGGCUUCACCGGAAGCCUCUACAAUGCAUUGCGUCAAAGGGGAAUCCACACCUUCAUUGAUGAUGAGGGCCUCAGAGUAGGGGAAGAGAUAGCCCCAUCACUUCUAAAUGUGAUUGAUGACUCUAGGAUUGCCAUUGUUGUGUUCUCAAAGGAUUAUGCUUCCUCAAGUUUUUGUCUCAAAGAACUUGUGAAGAUCCUUGAGUGUGCGGAUUCAAAGGGUCGCCUAGUUUUGCCUGUUUUCUAUGAUGUGGAUCCUUCUGAUGUGAGAUAUCAAAAUGGCAGCUAUGGAGUAGCGUUGGCUAAGCAUGAAAAGAGGCACAAUGUGGAAGAAUGGAGAAAAGUUUUGAGUAAAGCUGCAAACUUGUCUGGUUGGCAUUUCAAACAAGGGCCUGACUCUGAAUAUGAAUAUGUGUUUAUCAACAAGAUUGUUGAAGAAGUCUCCAAUAAUCUCAAACGAGUUCCUCUACACAUUGCGGAUUACCCUGUUGGGCUGCAACCUCGGGUUCAAGAAGUGACUAAACUUCUACGCAUUGGGGUUGAUGAUGACAAGGUCAAGAUGGUUGGCAUUCAUGGGAUUGGUGGAAUAGGCAAAACAACAAUUGCUUGUGCUUUAUAUAACUCCAUUGCUGAUCGGUUUGAAGCCUCCUGCUUCCUGUCUAAUGUUAGAGAAAAAGCAAGCAAGAAUGGUUUGGUAUCACUCCAAGAGUCACUACUUCUUGAAUUGGUUGGGGAGGAUGUUAAGUUGGGAGGUGUGAAUCAUGGAAUUCCAAUUAUAAAAAGGAGGCUCAACCAAAAGAAAGUGUUGCUGGUUCUUGAUGAUGUUGACAACUUGCAGCAGUUACGAGCUAUAGCCGGAGGGACUGAUUGGUUUGGUUCUGGUAGCAGAGUCGUCAUAACAACAAGGGAUAAACAUUUGCUACGUUCGCAUAUAGACGUGAAAGUAAAAUCAUAUGGGAUCAAGGAGUUAAAUAAGGUAGAAGCUCUUGAACUGUUAAGUUGGAAUGCUUUUAAAGGAAACAAAGUUGAUCCAAGUUAUGCAGACCUUUUGAAUCGUGCUAUACGCUAUGCAAAUGGGCUUCCAUUGGCAUUGACAAUAAUCGGUUCAAACUUGUUAGGGAAAAGCCUAGAUGAAUGGGAAUCGGCAUUGCAAAAUUAUGAACAAAGGCCAAACAGAAGUAUUCAGGAAAUGCUUACUGUCAGCUAUGAAGGUUUGGAGGAUAUCCAGAAGGAAAUUUUCCUUGACAUUGCUUGUUUCUUUGUUGGUGAGAAGUUGGAAUAUGUGAACAACAUGUUAAUGCACGGCCGCAGCUUCAACCCCGAGUAUGGUAUAGGAGUUUUGAUUCAGAAAUCUCUCUUAAUGGACAAAUAUGGUCAUGCAGCAAUGCAUGACUUGGUAACAGAAAUGGGGAGAGAAAUUGUGAGGAAAGAAUCAGAGGUAGAGCCUGGCAACCGCAGUAGGCUAUGGUUCUAUGAAGAUAUUAUUCAUGUUUUAGAAGAAGACAUGGGAUCUGAGAAAACAGAAAUCAUGAUCAUAGAUUUGCCUGAAGAUGAAGAAGUGUAUUGGACAGGAGAAGAAUUUAAGAAGAUGAAAAACCUCAAAAUACUUAAAGUCACAAAUGCAAAGUUCUCCACAGGUCCCAAGCAUCUCCCAAAUACCUUAAGAGUGCUCGAUUGGGAAGGAUAUCCAUCACCAUGCUUACCACCGGAUUUUCGUCCACGGAAACUCAGCAUGAUGAACUUGCCUAACAGUUCCCUCAAGUUGGAUAAUCCCCUGAAGAACUUUAGGAGUUUGAGUCACAUGAAUUUUGAAGGUUGUGAAACAUUAGUACAACUACCUGACAUAUCUGGAGUCCCAAAUUUGACAGAACUUUGCCUUGAUGAUUGCAAAAAUUUGGUUGAAGUCCAUGAUUCAAUUGGAUUUCUUCAUAAACUCAGGAAGUUGAGUGUUAAAGGAUGCACUAGCCUCAGCACAUUUCCUCAUAGCAUCAACUUGACAUCUCUUGAAACACUCUCUUUGUGGGGAUGCUCAAGUCUUAGAAACUUUCCAGAAAUUUUAGGAAAGAUGGAGUUUCUAGAAGGUGUUGAUUUGGGAUCAAGUGCGAUUGAAGCGCUUCCUCAUUCAAUUCAAAAUCUAGUAGGCCUUAGAUGGCUCGACUUGAUCAGUUGCAACUGGCUUAGUCAAUUGCCAAGUAGCAUUUUCUUGUUGCCGAAACUCGAGUCAUUGGAAGCUGAAUAUUGUAAAGGGUGUCAAAUAUUAAUCAAUUAUGAAGGACAAGAAAAUAUGGGCAGCAUAGUCUCUUCAAAAGUGAAGGAUCUUCACUUUAGAUCUUGCAAUGUAUCCGAUGAAUUUCUUCCUAUUUAUUUCACUUGCUUUCCCAACAUAGAAAUGUUACAUUUGGGCGCAAAUAACUUCACAACCCUUCCUUCCUGCAUCAAAGACUGUCGCUUUUUAACGAGCGUCUGCUUGGACAAUUGCAAGCAACUUCAACACAUCACAGCACUUCCACCAAACAUCAAAACUUUAUCAGCAAGGAACUGCAUAUCCUUGACUUCACACUCUACAAGCAUGUUAUUGAGUCAGGAAAUACAUGAAGUUGGAGGGACACACUUUAUGUUUCCAGGAACAAAUAUUCCAGAUUGGUUUGACCAACACAAGGAGGGAGCCUCACUGUCUUUCUGGUUUCGAAAGAAAUUCCCAGAAAUCGCGCUUUGUUUUGUUUUCGGAGGCUUGGACAAGGAACCUAGGAAAUUUGAGGUCAAGCUCCAUGUGUUCAUCAAUGGCAAGCCAUCAUUCUAUUCCAAUGAAGGCAACAGCUUCAAAAUGCUGACGGAUCACGUGUUCCUAUUCGACCUGCAGAAGGAAGUGGAGCUUCCUUCUUACCAACUUGACCAAGUAGUUCUUGAAAAUGAAUGGAAUCAUGUUGAGAUUCAUUGUUUGCAUAGUCCAACAGUAUUAGAAUCAUCCCUUGAUAUGGCCAUUGUGAAAUGGAGUGGUGUUCAUGUGUACAAGCAGGGAAAUAACAUGGAUGAUGUUUCAUUUUGUAAUCCUCAACACAGAACAUAUGAUUUGGUAGCUCGUUAUCCGUGGAUCAAGAACCAGUUUGCACUCUCAAAUGAGACCUCAGAUUCCAAUGCAAUGGUGAUGAGAACCAUUGGCAUGACUAGUGAAAAUGCUAAGAGUCUUGAGGGAGAGGAUGGAAGUGGAAGUUGAACUAAUGCUCAAUGCUUUUUCUUUUCAAGGUUCUUAUCCAAUUUAUGUGACCGAAUCAAAGGUAUUUUUCUUUCGAAUGAAUAAUACAUGAUAGAAUUAACUCAA